AUGAAGCCUGUUGGCGCAGCCGCGCAGCAGGGCGGCCAGCCGGGCGACGGCGGCCUGCCGGGCAACAAGCAGGUCUCCCCUGGCCUCAGCUACGUGCUUUUGCGGGAGCGCAUCCAGGACAGACUGGACCUGGAGGACUGCAGCGCCAUCUGCCAGGUGGAGGUUGGCUGCAUCGCCUGGACGUACCGCCGCUCGCUGCGCACCUGCUACUUUGGCUACGAGCUGUGGUCGCGGGCCCUGGUGCCCAGCACGGACGCCGUCAGCGGGCAGCCCAGCCAGGUGUUCACCCCCGACAGGAUCGACUGCACCUCCCAGGUCGUCGUCGGCGGCGACUACACCUCAGGGGAGACGAGCCACACCCAGACCCCGACCGUCGGCGCGUGCGCCAUGCUGUGCGCGGGCACAUCCAUCCGGCGCUGCGUCGCGUGGACGUGGCGCCCGGCGCUGCGGAAUUGCAGCACGACGUACACGCUGACGGGGCGCGUGACUAAGGACAAGGACGCGAUCAGCGGGCUGACGGGGUCCUGCGGGCCGUCGAGGCGGCCGCCGGGGUACGGCCGCGCCGGCAUUGGCAUGCAAAGCAGCGGCGGCGCCGCCCUGCUCGGCGUCAACGGUUCGGCGCAAUACCCGCCGUCCAGGCAGCGGGCUUACGUUCAAUACGGGGUCCGCCAGCGCACCCCCAAGCCCGCGCCCGCGCCCGCGGCGCCCGGCGGGGCUGCGGGCGCGGGCGCGGCGGCGCCCGCGUCGAAGCUUACCGUCCCGGGGGAGCUGCAGGCGGUGUGCAAGAAGCUCUCCCUCGACGCGGCCUUUGACAACGCGAUCGAGGACGUCUCGCAGUUUGCAAAGGAUAUGGAAGCUCAGGUGGUCACCAAGUUUGCGACCGACCUGACGGCCCGCAAGGAGGCCGUCCGCACGGCGUUCAAGGCGGCGCUCAAGGGCGUGGCGCCGGGCGACAAGAAGGCGCUGGAGAAGGCGAUCGUGGGCGCGGUGGCGGCGGUGGUGCCGAGCGCGAAGGGCGGCGCGGUGCUGCUGGAUGGGUGGCGCGUCGGGUUUGCGAAUCUGAUGUGGGAGUCUCUCAGCACGGACUGCUUUUAA